CAGCAACGCUCUGGCUUGGGCCGCUGCCAGAGCCAGUUAAGAUGCUCAUAAAAACCUGCUGUCGGUUGUCGAACGAGCCCCAUCCUCAGCAUACGAACGCAGCCACAACAUGAAGCUCGCACUCCUCUCUCUCGCAUCCCUCGCCUCGGCCGUCGUCAUCCCAGAGUACACUCGCCAGUGGUGUGAAGGCGAGGGCACCAGCGACUACAGCCCCGUGAUACUUGAGCGCGAGAUCAACGAGUUUUGUACCAUUGCCGUGCGGGAUUUCAAGCAGGACAUGGAUCUGGGUAACGGAUAUUAUUUGCGCAUUCAAGACAGCCAGGGUGGCAGCUACGAGCCCUGCUUCGACGCAUUGACUUGGGUUCUCGAGGAGUGCGCACAGCACGGCAAGCUCGGCGAGUGGCGCCAGAAUGCCAACUACUACCGCUUCGGGAGGUACAAUGUAGCUGAAUGA